AUGGGCGGCGACCAGGGAUGGACAGACAGCGUCCGUGAAGAAGCGAAGCACCUCCUGCCAGAGUCCUCCUGCACUGCUCACCCGUGGCCAAACAUUUCCCUUCUUGGAUCCCUCCUCGCUGAUGUCCGUCCCCUCAAAUUCCACUCAUUCUUCUUGCAUGCAUUCAUUGUGCACAAUAGGUUUCUCAUCUACUCUUCUGGUUUUCUUUCAAUUCUUGUGCAACAACGCAAAGUGCUUGCCGUUCAUGUUCAUGGCGUGUCUCAUUCGAUCCACAACUUACAGCUCAUUCACUUGCGUUCCUGGGAUUCCAGAGUCUCAGACAGUUUCCUUGACAACACUCGGUUGCUCGUUAGUAUCAUAGGCGGAUGCAAAUCUCGUCAGCGACAUCACUGUCUCGCGGGUAUAUUUACCUCUCAACGCGUCAACUGCAAGUCGCCUCCGACCAGAAUUCAUUACGCAAUGAAUCCCGGAAACGCUGCUUUCACGACUCGAUUUCGACGUCAAACUCUUUCCAUCACAAGCGGAUAGCCGUUGUCAAUGUAAUGUCCGUUCUCUGUUCCCAACAUAUAUCAUGAGACCCAGAUAGUUAGUCGACAGCAACAAACAAUCAUAUCAUCGGACUCGAACGUUCUACCUCAUCCGUCCUCUUGCGUCCCUGCUCGGCAUAAGACAGGUCCCUGACCAAAUCCUCCGAGCCUUCCGGGACGCCGCCAGACCCUGCCGCAUAACAGAACCAGUCUCUGACUUUUUGUAUCUGCUAGCUUUCCUGGGUAUAGAUCAUUGUAUGAUGGACCAUGUGAUGAUAAUACUUUGAUGGUUAUGCACCGUUCCGGUAAGUAGUGUAUUUGAAGUUCGACUAGUGACAGGGACAGCCUUUGGGACGAUUAGUUAUCGGAGGCACUGUGAUUGUGUAUCAUACAGCUACUCUCGGCGGAGCGCCCCUCGGAGGCGGAAGCUGGAAUACUCUAUCUGUCCAUAUAUCUGACUAUUAGUGAAGGAUCUAAGCAGGGUUGUUGAAGCCGAUACAAUACCUGCAUCGAGAAUGUGUAUGAUAGGAAUGGAUUCAUCUGCACUAGCGUCCAUAGCGCCUGUACGAUGCCCACCCAAUACAUAGACUUGAUCCUUCC